AUGGUUGUUGGACCAGUAUUGAUAGUUGGCGCCGGUGUUUUUGGGCUUUCAACUGCGCUGGAAUUAGUUAAAAAAGGACAUUUCGUCUACGUUCUUGAUAAGCAUCCACCACCAUCUCCUUGGUCAGCUGCAUGUGACUUUAACAAAAUAAUUCGAUGUGAGUAUGCAGAUCCUAUUUAUGCAGAAAUGGCAAUUGAAGCACUUCAUUUUUGGAGGUCAGAUCCUCUAUUCAAGCAAUCAUAUGAUGAAUGUGGAAGAUUGUUAGUCACACCAAAGGAGCAUAGGGGUAGAAUUGAAUUUGAGAGAAAAGGUAUCGAAGUGCUUAAAACUUUAGGUGAAGGCAAUCGGUUUUGUUUCUUUUCGGGAGGUGCUGAAAUUUCGAGACUUAUUCCCGGUUUCGAAAACAAUUCUAUCCCCCCUGAACAAGAAGUUAAAUAUAAUCCAGAUUGUGGACUGGGCCGUUCACAUCAAACUCUAAAGGAUGUCUACAAGUACCUUUCGUCUCACCCGAAUGUUCAAUUUAUUUUUGGUGAAAAAGGAGCUGCAGUAGGCCUAAAAAGGUAUCGUUCUGGAGAAGUAGGGGUGAUCACAGAAUCUGGGUUUGUUCAUAGUGCAGGCACUGUCAUCUUGUCACUCGGUGCUAAUACGGCAAAAAUUGUAAAUUUAGAGAACCAACAAUCGGCAACUGGCCUGUUUGUAACUCAUAUUCAACUAUCUGAUGAAGAAUACACAAAGUAUAGGGAUAUUCCUGUGUUGUUUGACGCGGAGAUGGGAUAUUUCUUCCCUCCAGACUUAACAACCAAAAUUAUGAAGAUAUGCUUAACAGGAUGUGGAAUUAAAAGAUCUGUUACUGAUCCUUUCGAUUCCAGAAAGCAAAUUUCGUUACCCAGAUUUCAUAUUGAGAACCCUAGUGACACAUUUCCCAAAGAAUUAGUGCAAGAUAUUCAACGACUUUUGGAAAAAUAUGUCCCAGAACUAAAGGAGCAUAGGUUGUUUGGUUCAAAGAUUUGUUGGAUAGGAGACACGAAGGACACCCAUUUUCUUAUAGAUAAGGUUCCUUAUUACAAAAACCUAUACGUAGCUACAGGUGACUCGGGCCAUGGUUACAAGUUUUUCCCCAAUAUUGGAAAAUACAUUGUCCAAAAAUUAGACGGUGUAUUGGCUAAUAAAAUCGAAGAACUCUGGAAGUGGACUCCAAGAACGAAUGAAGAAUGUGAGGAUCCUGCAAACUCUAAGUGGAGAGUUUCUAAAGGGAAAUCAAAAGAUAUUACCGAGAUUGACUUCAUCACUGAGGUCGAAGUUCCCAAACUGUAG